AUGUUGGAGGGUCGUUCCUGUGUUGUUCCGAGGUUGUUUUGUAGCUCUUGUGAAACGGAGAACGAUUGGUCUUACAUGAAGUACAUGCUGGAUUUGGAUAUCAAAAAUGGGAAGAGACCGAUGGAAAUUGAUGAUGCUGGGGAUGAACAUCAUCCUAAGAAGUGUACUAAGAUGUUGGAGUCUUGUCACAUAGUUGAAACGGUUCGUCUUUCGAUUCAGCAGAAUAAGGAUUCUGUUCUUUCCCGAGUAGAUCAGGAAAUCAUUGAGCCUGUGGAUGUUUGUGAAGGGGUGAACCCUGGUGGUUCAAUGGAUUCAUUGGAUUCUGGUGUUCAGCAAUCUGAUGAGGAGCAGCAGGCUGGAGAUUCGUCGGAUUCUGGUUCACUUUUGCCGCGGAUGAACCGAGACAGCUCGAUUGCUUGUCUCAGCCGAUGUUCAAGGUCUGAUUACGGUUCGCUUGCUUCUCUUAAUAGGAGCUUUCGUAACAUAAUCCGAAGUGGCGAACUCUAUACAUGGAGGAGACUAAAUGGUAUCAUGGAACAUUGGGUUUAUUUCUCAUGUGCCCUUCUUGAAUGGGAAGCCUACGAUCCGAUUCGCCAAAGAUGGAUGCAUUUGCCGAGGAUGGCUUCGAAUGAAUGCUUCAUGUGUUCUGAUAAGGAAUCCUUAGCUGUAGGAACUGAACUUCUUGUGUUUGGGAGGGAGUUAAGAUCUCAUGUGAUUUAUCGAUACAGUCUUUUGACUAACUCGUGGUCAUCGGGAAUGAGAAUGAAUGCUCCGAGAUGUUUGUUUGGCUCUGCAAGCCUUGGAGAGAUUGCAAUAUUAGCAGGUGGUUGUGAUUCGGAGGGACGUAUACUUGACUCGGCUGAACUUUACAACUCGGAGGCCCAAACAUGGGAGCUACUCCCAAGUAUGAAGAAACCAAGGAAGAUGUGCUCUGGUGUAUUUAUGGAUGGAAAAUUUUAUGUCAUAGGCGGAAUCGGCGGACGCGAUUCCAAGCUUCUUACUUGUGGGGAGGAGUAUAAUUUACAGACUAGAACAUGGACGGAGAUUCCUAACAUGUCACCCGGGCGAAGUAGUAGAGGUUCUGAUAUGCCUGCUACAACCGAGGCACCACCUCUCGUUGCCGUUGUAAAUAAUGAAUUAUAUGCUGCUGAUUAUGCUGACAUGGAAGUUAAAAAGUAUGACAAAGAAAGAAAACUGUGGAAUACCAUUGGGAGACUUCCGGAACGAGCGGUUUCGAUGAAUGGCUGGGGGCUUGCAUUUAGGGCAUGUGGAAAUAGGCUUAUUGUUAUUGGUGGACCAAGGACUCAUGGUGAGGGUUUCAUUGAGCUCAAUUCUUGGGUGCCUAGUGAAGGACCUCCACAAUGGCGUCUACUCGAUCGAAAACAACGAUCUGGUAACUUUGUUUAUAAUUGUGCUGUGAUGGGUUGUUGA